AUGGCACCUCCAUUCUUCGCCAUCAUCUCCGGCGUCGGCUCCGGCACAGGUGCCUCCGUCGCCCGCCGCUUCGCCCAGUCCUACGCCGUUGUCCUCCUUUCCCGCAAGCCCUCCAGCUACGAGCCCAUCGUCGCCGAGAUCAAGGCCUCUGGCGGCACCGCAAUUGGCAUCACCGCUGACGCUGCCGACCCGGCCGCCGUCGAUGCCGCCUUUGCCCAGAUCGAGAAGGAAUUACCCGGAUCUAAACUCGCAGCCGCCGUGUACAAUGGCGGCGCGGGAAUGGCCCGGAAACCCUUUUUGGAGCUGAAGCCGGCUGAUCUAGAUCUCAGCCUCAGCACCGCUGCCAACGGCCUCUUCUACUUCGCUCAAAAGUCACUUCCUCUCCUCCUCUCAGCCGUUGACUCUGCCCCUCACCCUCCUUCUCUCCUCGUCACCGGCGCAACUGCUUCUCUCCGCGGCUCCGCCUUCUUCAGCACCUUUGCCGCUGGCAAAUUCGCCCAGCGUGCCAUCACACAGUCUCUGGCCCGCGAGUUCGGCCCCAAGGGCGUGCAUGUCGCCCUGGCUGUCAUUGAUGGUGGCAUUGAUACCCCCUGGGGUAAGGAGAGAAUCGUUAACAACGGUGUAGAGGAUGGCAAGAUCAGCCCUGAUGCUAUUGCCGAAAGCUACUGGCAAUUACACGCACAGCACAGAUCGGCUUUCACUCAAGAAUUGGAUAUUCGCCCAUUUGUAGAGAAAUUUUAAGUAAACUAUAGCGUUUGUGAUAUCAUUAAACAUAAUAAACAUACAUACAAAUA